AAUCGAAACGCGUCUGUUUCAAAGUAACCGACUCACCUGAAACUACCGAGACUGCAGCACCCCAGCAAAGAUGGCUGAUGACCGUGUAGCCAUCUUAACCGACGAUGAAGAGGAGCUGAAGAGAAGACACCUCGACCGUUUUGACCGCCUGUCGCUUGAGAUUCAGUCAGAUCAGCCUUCGCAAUCAUCUGUGGACAAUGUAACUAAUGAUGCAGCACCAACUCCAUCCCCACAACAUGACAUGAGCUGCUGUGAACGAUUGUUCCUACGGGUCAACCCCUACCUUCUUGUGUCAAAAGUGUUUUAUUUGUUCUUCUAUGCUGCUUAUGGUUCCCUCCAUCCCCUUCUUGCUUUGUACUACAAGCAGCUGGGGAUGAAUCCCACCCAAAGUGGUCUCCUAGUGGGAAUCCGUUAUUUCAUUGAGUUCUGUAGCGCCCCUUUUUGGGGCAUUAUUGCAGAUCGUUUCAGGAAAGGUAAAGCAGUCUUAUUGUUCUCAAUGUUAUGCUGGCUCCUCUUCAAUUCUGGGAUUGGAAUUGUGCAACCAGCAGACAUGACGUGUAAAGAAGAGAACCUCCCGACGACCACAACCAUGGUACCGACUGUCCAGACUACCACAUCUAAUGAGACAUUCUACCUUAACACCAGUUCCAUCCCGACAACAAACCAGAUGAGACGCCGCAGGGAUCUGAUUGGACACUACCCUUGGCGAACCAUCCUUUCCCACAGCUCUGAACACAGAUUCAAACGGGAUUCCAACUUAAGUUUCACUGUUGCACCUGUUGAAUUUGCUAACACAACACAAUCUGACCAAAACACCACAAGCCUUGAGCUAAGCACAUCUGUCUCAGCAUCCACCCCCAAUGCCACGUCCGGCAGCACUACUCAAAGUACUACGACCAAACCAAACCAAACACCUGAAUAUAACAUGGACCAGGUUCACGCCAUUUUCCUGCUGAUUCUGCUCAUCAUCAUCAUUGGCGAGUUUUUCAGUGCUCCAGCCAUUACUAUCGUAGAUACGGUGACACUGCAGUACCUUGGUUCACAUCGUGACCGCUACGGUCUCCAGCGAAUGUGGGGAUCUCUAGGAUGGGGUAUCGCCAUGCUCUGCGUAGGUAUCUGGAUUGACCACACUAGCACUGACCUUGUCAUCGGCAGCAUGGAAUGCUCAAUGGAAAAUUACAAGAACUACAAUAUUGCCUUCAUCGUGUUCGGCGUAUUAAUGGGAAUCGCUUUGAUUAUUGCUACUCAGUUUAAGUUUGAUGUUCAGCACCAAGACAGGAGCGAAGGAACCGAGGUUGGCAACCAGCAGCAAAAUGCCCAACAUAGAGGUUCCCCUGGGACGGAGAAUUCCGAGACCCCAACAAUCGUCCAAGUUGAGGAGUUUCACUUCUGGGACUUGAUGCGACUGCUGUGCGGUGUACAGUACGGCACCGUGUUGUUCGUGGCCUGGUUCAUGGGCUUCGGCUAUGGAUUUGUUUUCACUUUCCUUUACUGGCAUUUACAGGACCUGACAGGAACCACAACUCUGUUUGGUGUUUGUUCUGUCCUGAGUCAUGUGUCGGAGCUUGCUGCCUAUUUCACCAGCCAUAAAUUCAUCGAACUGGUAGGACACAUCAGAGUUUUGUACAUCGGCCUGGCCUGUAACACAGCACGCUACCUCUAUAUCUCGUAUCUGAAGAAUGCCUGGACUGUGCUGCCAAUGGAAGUGCUGCAAGGCAUAACACAUGCGUCUGUAUGGGCGGCGUGUAUCUCAUAUUUGAGUGCGGCUGUACCUCGACUUCGGACACGUGCUCAAGUGCAUACCUGCCAGGAGGACAAGAUGCUAGCAGAGAACAUUCCUAUCCCAUUCAGUCCAGUUCCCAUAGCAACCAUUGACCUGGUUCAGAACACAACAGACGCGGCCGCACCUGCUCGACCUGAACCCAAACUUCCAGCUCGGAAAACACGGCACCAGGAAGAGCAGGAGGAUCUGAACAAGCCCGCUUGGGUUCCCUCCGGGUCUCCGUGGGUUUCAGUCGCUCUCCUGUUCUACCAAAUCAAAGAGAUGGUCAUCAUAGCAAAGACCCAUGUUGAGGUCCAGCACCUUCAGGUAACGCAGAAGAAACUAAGAGGACGAUGGUGAUGAAUAAUGUGAAUAUGUAUCUUAAUGUCGUCAAAAUAGUACUAUGUUGUUGUGUGUUUUCUCUCUCUUUUUCAUGCAUUCUGUGGCAGGAAGGUGAGAACACAUCAAUUUAGUUAAAAAUGAAAAACAGAAUAUCUGAAACCGCCACAAAUAAAAGUAUUCAAACUCAGAGCAAUUUCCGCCCUCAUUUAACAGAGUUUGGCACAUAGAGUACAAAAUAUUAUAAUCUGACUAUUUUAUUUAGAGAGUUGGUUGAUUUGUCAUUGUUCAGAUGCUGAUUAAUUCAGGCAACUAAACAUUUUGUCCGAUAACAAAAGUU